UCGCAACCAUAAGUGUCGAUAUUAGUGCUACUAAGGGUUGACUGGACUUCAAACCCGUGGGUGGUGACUGGAAACGAAAGAAAACCGAGGGGAUGUACACAGAAGUGGAGAGAAGACAGAUGGCGCUUCUACAUUUGCAACGUUUUUAGUCGUCGAUAGAAAAGGUCCAUUCCCAUAACAUUGCCUAUUAUGCCGGAAAGGGAUUUUCAUCGCUGAACCCAGGUGUCAAACACACGUGACAACAACGCCCACCGAGUAGGAACUACCUCUUGCUGUUCCCCCAAACAGGACGUUCAUCGAUCUCGGCAACUAGAUGACAGGCCUAAGUACUAACCUUGCCAACCUUGAAAGAGAUGACUUCAGUAGAAAUAGCAGCUAAUCCACGGACAAGAAAUCGCUCCUUGGAGUUACAAUCAGUUUACGACAUACAAGAGAAAGAGUCAGAAAACCCCGAAGAAACGCAGAGAGAAGCCACCGACGACGAAGAAAGGAUGGUGGUAAGUGAAGGUCGUGAAACCACUGGAUCCCCAAAUGCGGGUAGUCCAUUGAACCCUGUUCAUCUCGUGGGCCCGUUCAACAAAGAAUUGAACUCCAAAAGUGCGAAAACCGAAAUGGAGCAAAACUAUAAAGAAGAGGAGGGGAAUUACGAUUUCAACUCUUGUAAUGAGGAUAAUUCCGAAAUGCCUUCCUCAGAAGAAUCCCAAGACGUUGAUAUACAAGAAGUGGAGACUCCAGGAGAAAGCGAAGCUGAUGACUUCGGAUCGAAUUCUCGGUUUGACUCUCCAAUAUCACCUUCUAGGCGUAACAAAAGGAAGAAUUUCCAACCACGAAAUAUAGUCUAUCAGUAUGAUGAUAGCGAUUCCGAUAAUGAUAUAUUUUCAGAUUACAAUUUUACUAAGAAAGUUAAAAAAUCUCCAUCUUGUGAAGCAAUGGAUUCAAUGGAUUCACAGCAAUAUUCUGGAGUAGAGUCUGAAAGAAGUGAUGCUAGUCCCUGUCGGAUCCAGACAUCCCUAGUGAAAAAUCAGGAACCUAUAACAAAAAUCCCAAGUAAAUGCUCGGUAGGAGACAGAGAACAGCCUCUGGACCUAACAAAUGAUUGGACAAUCCCUGCUGUCAGUAAUGAAUAUCAUCCGAAUAAGGAUGAUAUUUCUCCUGUUGACCUAACCACUCGGAAAUGUAAUUCCUGGCAGCGUUAUUCACAAAACAUGGAGGCUGUGGAUUUGUCAAAAAAUAACCGAACUGCUAAUGGUUCGUCCCUUAAUCAUAGAAGUUUCAGAGGUCAUGUUAUUUCUCCGCGUUUUAACGCAUUACAAACUGUUUUACCACGAACUAGAUUUCCUGGAUCUCAACAAGCUGCUGGACCCGACUCUAGUGGGGGUGAGGGCGUGGCUAGCACUGUGGAUGCUUCAACGAUGCGAGAUUACGCGGAGUCUACAAUGAAAGAACUCUUGAGAAUCUAUGAUCUUAAUGAUAUGGUUGACUCGAUCACCAACCAUGUGCCACUACAAAACUUUUCCUCAGGUAAAAUUUUAGAAAACAUGUCCCUUCCGUCGCCACCGUUCUCUUACCUUUCCAUGAUGCAACACAUGCCAACUUCUGAGAUCCUGAGCCAGCACUCUCCUUUAGCGACAGAAAAGACAUCUUCUGAGAAUCACACCUCAUAUUCUACAGUCACUUCAGGUGCGGCACCUAGCGUAAAGAAAGUGAGUCACCAAUCAACCACAUCACAAAAUCCGGACGAAUCUCUUCGAUCUAAAAUUCCGGACAACUUAACAAACUUUUCAUAUAUGUCGCCAAAUAGCGUGAUGAAUAUACAAAACUCUAGGGAUAUGUCGACCAUUUUAGCUCUAGCUGCACUUGGAUCCACAGUUGCAACUCGUAAUGCACCACCAGAGGACGUCCCUGUAGUUUUCCCCACUCAGUCCCAAAGUCCAGUUACUUCAGCGCCCUCUACAGUACUAACUUCUGUCAACAGAGAAUCAAUACAAGAUCUCAAGAAGGAUUCUCAUCCACUGAAGCUACACACUGACAAAACUGGAUCCAUAGAUUACACUCGGUACGUAAAAAGGUUUGCCAACGCAGCGGAAUGUGGGAGUAAUUACUGCAAAAAUGUAAACUACCGAGAACAUUUUCACUGCCUGGAUUGUAAUUCAAGAGUAUUUGUGAAGAAGGAGGAAAUGAUACGUCAUUUCAAGUGGCACAAAAAGCGUGACGAAUCUCUUCAGCAUGGCUUUCUGCGUUACAGUCCAAUGGACAACUGUUCGGACAGGUUUACAAACUGUUCCCAUAACCGGAAGCAAACCCAUUACCACUGCUUGAAGGAGGGAUGCGAUAAAGUGUACAUCAGCACAUCGGAUGUCCAGAUGCAUGCCAACUAUCAUCGGAAAGACUCGGCCAUUAUUCGGGAAGGAUUCCAAAGGUUUCGGGCGACCGAGGACUGCGGUACUACAUCUUGUUCCUUUUACGGUCAGCGAACCACGCAUUUUCACUGUCGACGGUCAGGCUGCAGUUAUAACUUCAAAAAUAAGGCAGAUAUGGAGAAACACAAGACCUAUCAUAUCAAAGACGAACAGCUAAAUAAAGAUGGCUUCAAGAAGUUUAUGAAGCAGGAACACUGCUCAUUUCAAAACUGUCGAUUCUCUAGGAUUUGCAACCACAUCCACUGCAUCCGUCCAGGAUGUACGUAUGUUUUGCAUUCAAGUGGACAGCUGUACUCACACAAAAGAAAACACGAAAGACGAGAAAACGAAAUGGCAUACCGCAAGUAUAAACUGGCACAGAAUAUGAUGAAGGCCUUGUCAGAAUCGGGAUUCGUACCUUCCAGCAAUGUCCCAGAACAGUUCAUGAACUUACCAGGGGACGGUUCUUUGAGCUCAAGUCCCACGGUUACAUCUAUGCCGCCACUCAUUCAAACAAGCCUCACUAGCGCCACUUUUAAUGGAGCGGUAAAUAACAGGAAUUCUAUGGAUAAAGUUUAUACUUGUCAUCAAGAAAAUGCCUGUGAAGAUCUUACAGUUUCAGGAUCCUCCCCUCAAACGUCUUUUACUAAAUUUGAAUCAGUGCUUUCAUCGUUCGAUUUGAAACCUGGGCCGGCUUUUUCUACUCCAGACACCAGCAUUAAUGUAAUCACACCAGAAGCUGUAGACUUAACCAGUGAUUUAUGUAAAACUAACGACCUGGAUAAUAAAUGGAAAACGUUUGUCAAAAGCUAUACAGCGGAUGAAUUUUGUAAGUCGAGCUGUGAAAUCAUGUACACUGACCACUUCCACUGUUCUACCGACAACUGUGACAUGAGUUUUCGAGCCAAAGACACGAAUGGCAUAAAAGAACACAUCAAAAAUCAUGAGACGCAGAACAAGAUAACGGAGUCUCACUUCAUCACAGUGGAAAGUGAAUCGUCAGUGCACUGUUUACCUAACUGUUCUUUAGAAGGAACAGACAAACAUUAUCAUUGCAACUGGGGGGCGUGUCAGGUGGUUAUAAGCAGCACUGACCAACCCUUCAAGAGGCUCGACCAUUAUAAAGUACAUGAGUACGCGAUUAAGGAAAAUUCAACCCUGGAUUACAAUUCUGUGGAGUACUCUACGGCAGUUGACGGAACUUUCCGACGGAAACGUGGACGACCUCCAAAGAACAGAAUCGUAGAGUUUCCUGUACUUUCUACUCCAUCUAACCUUCCUCAAGCUAUAUAUACUAGCUUCAAACUCCCGAAACCCACUACUCUCCCUCAACAAACCUUUAUGGCAACAUCCUUUGGGCCAAAUCCAUCACAUUUCACUCUUGCCCAUCCUCCCCCACCUCUUUUAAUGACACGACCCCUUUCUCUGAUUGCUUCUACUGUGUCUCCAAGUGAUCAGUAUUCUUCAUCAGUGGGUACCUCAACUCCCACGUCGCCAAUAGAGGAGGGAAGUUGUACAGUGGGAGGUUUACCAGUUUUAGAAUCUUCUGUUGAUCACGAUAGUCAGUCUUCUUCAAUUCAGCAACCAAAUAAAAUAACUUCUGAGUCUUCUUCAGCGUCGUUUGAGAAAGUGGACGGGUUUUACGUGUUUCCCAAGAAUACAUCAUGCCCUGACCACUUAUGCCCUUACCUUGGAAGUCAUCAUUUUCACUGUACCCAGCUUCGAUGUUUUUACGUCACAGACCGAAGCGACAUCCUUUUACUCCAUUCCAAAGACUUUCAUGAUAACAUUGAUAUAAUGGAAGGAUUUAUGUUCUUUGAUCGUUAUGUUGAUUGCCGUUUGCCAAAUUGCCAAAGCAACAAAGUUAAUCGUCAUUUUCACUGUGCGCGCCCAGGAUGCAACUAUUCGUUUGUGCGUUACAGCACCAUGAGUAUUCACGAGCAGAAGCAUCGCGAUAAAGAUGGCGACGACCCAGAAGCCAGUCAAUUGAGGAAUAAGCCGUCAAACAGCGAUGAAGAAAGGUCACCGAGUCCUAAAGUGACAUCUUCAAUGACAACAAUCACCAGCGAAGCUGCCAUAUGCUCUACAACAGGGAACUCGGAACCCAAAACGACGGUGGUCAAGGCCACUGGAACUUAUUAUCCUUUGUCCGCCAUUUCGAAAAAAUCUGAAUCAAACCAGAAAAGUACAGCUGGGUUGCCAGUGCUUCCCGAAGAUACUUUUAGCUCUGAUUCGGAGGACCAAAUACCUGUAACCUCUCUUACAUCGGGUGAGAUUGAGCAGCCAUUGACCAAACUUCUUCAACUCCCAAGCCUUAACAUGAAAAACACUUUCGAAGGAAUAGAAAAACACAUCCAAUAUGGACCUUCACAGAGCUGUGGUCGUCCUUUCUGCAAGCUGAAGAAGAAAGAUCACUUUCAUUGCAAUGUUUGUAACCAGGCUUUCUCUAGUUUUUCACGAUUAAAACCACACACAACCAAGCAUGUUGGGGGCCCAAUUCCGGUUCCAGUCUAUAAUUCUGGUCAGUUAAGUCCAACAACUUCUACUCAUUCUUCACCAGCUUCUGCUCAACAAGGUGAUGAAGAGGUUGGCAGUGAAGGCGAGGACCACGAUCCUGGUACAGACCAACAUUUGAAAAACAAUCCUGACGUAGACAGUGAUAAUAAAGCUAAUGUUGACACGAGUCAAUCGACUCAAGUGUCCGAAGUAUCUUCCAUGCCUCAGUUACUUCCAUGGCAACCAUUCUCUCUAACCACCGUUUCUGGUCAUCAGCUCUUAAUCCCGCAAGGAAUGCCUCCGCCAAUCUUUGCAGUGCAUGGAGGAGCAACUUUUAAUCAUCAGAUGGCGCUGGCUAACCAGUCUAAGUUUGCUGCGUCCAGCGAAAGCUUCUAUGGUUCUCCACAGGUGGAUUACAGUGCAAUAAAGAAAAGAGAGUUAACUGAAGUGUCACGUGUGUCAAAUCGUAAGCGUAGUAAUUGUACGAUCCCUAAUGGUUCUAAUUCUAAAAAGAUGAGAAUACCAAAUUUACGUAUUUUAAAGGAUGAACCUGUUCCUGAUGGGUAUAAUCGUUAUCGUUUCAAUGAGGAUUGUGCUUACAUUCACUGUGGAUACCGAGAGCAUCAAACUCACUUCCACUGUACUCGUGAAUAUUGUGGCUACAGUUUUUGUGAUAAAACGAGGUUUGUCCAGCACACGGCACGUCAUGAGCGGCUGGACACCUUAAUGGGGGGCGAUUUCGACCAGUAUCGAGCAACUAUUAAUUGUGGUCGACCACACUGCAUCUAUAUGAACUCAACGGGUGCAAUGGUUAACAAGGCCUCUCAUUUUCACUGCAAAAAAUGUGACUUUGUUUGUACUGACACCAAUAAAGUCGUCGCUCACCGAAGACAGCACAUGAAGAUGGAUAGCAUCAACGCUGCAGGGUUUGAUAAGUACACCCCUUCUCAGGAUUGUAAUAUGGAUGGCUGCAACCAUAACCGGAAACAGACCCAUUACCACUGCCUGGAGUGCCAGUACGCCGUGUUAGGUCUGUCACAAAUGUCAGCUCACAAAUAUCGACAUAUGGAUUAAGUCGUUCGUUCCCUCGGGUUUAUCAUCAUGGCUUUUGCAUUUUGUUAUUAUUACAAUAAAAUGACACAGAAGCUAAUUUUGAAGAAGGGGGGAAAGAGAUGAAGACAUCUGUCGUUGAAGCAUAAAAAAAUCAACGUAAAUGAGAGAGUUUCUCCUUCUUUGACCGGUGGUCAAAUGGUACUGAAAUUAAAUCGUGAUUUUGUAACCUCCAUUUAGGUGCCAAGAAAGUAGAGUAAGUAUGUACGUGGGAACAUUGAUCUUUCAGAGCAUCUGGUGACAGUAAUUUAGAACCAGUGAGUUUGCCUUCACCUUUUAGGGAGCCUUUAGAUAUAUUUUUUAUAGACAUCAAAAUAGUGAGAUGCGUGCGUUUGUCUUUUAGUGAGACCUAUAUAGCCAUCCCUCUUCUAGGGCGUAGAUGGUCAACAGGGUCUAGUUUUGUACAAAGUUUACAAAGUCGUGCUCAAAGCAUACAGUGCAUCAUUACUUCUCUUUAGAAUGGCAUAUUUUAGUCGUGAUUACAGUCACUUAUAUAAUUUUGUCGUAUAUUAUAUAUAUAUAUAUAUUUGGUUGGUUUCUCAACAGACCAAGUAAUCUUAGUGCCGUUUUGUACUAGGCUUUAUCUAUUACAUUUAUUCUUGAAAGAACUCGAAAGCCACUUCAUUACCAGUAUAGUAGAAGUGAGUAACAGUUCCCUUUGAUGACUCGUUUUAUUUAUCAAAGUUCCCUUUGAAACCUAGCCAUUCCAGGAGGAUCAUAGUAUUUAGUAGUUUUGUCCAACUUAGGUAGUCAGCAAUACACCUGAGUGAAGAAUUUAAACGCUGAUUUUGAAUUAAUUUUAAUGUUUUAUUCUUGUGUUCUAGAAAAAAAAAUCUUGGAAAGG